AUGAGCGCCGAUCUCUUGGACCUCGACAGCUUCUACCAGAGCCCUCCACCGCAACAACAGCAAACGGGGGGCCACCAGAGCCAAUUGCAGCAAAAGCAGCAGCAACGGCCGCAGCAGGCCACGGCAUCGUCGACGGACCUCUUUGACUUUGCCUCCUUCACCACCAACGGGCCUGCAGCCGCCGUGUCGCCGGCUCAGCAAACCCAACCAUGGCCCAACUUUGAGACGCAGCAACCAAACGGUGCUGGUAGUGGUAGCAACGGAGGAUGGGGUGACCUCGGCUCACUCUCAUCCGGCUUGACGUCCGCAGCAAUAACGCAGCGGCCCAAGCAGACGCAACAAGCUGUCGUCGUCGACGAUGACGACGAUGGAUGGGGCGAUUUCGAGGUCGCGGAGCCUACGCCGACUCAGCAAUCAUUCGUGUUGCCCCCGCAGACAAACAAAGCGAGGUCGUCACCGCCACCGCGGAACCGCAUCGCGCGCGCCUCAACGUUCGAUCUCAUAUCGAACAACCUCAUCAACGUUGUGGAUAUGCCUCGUGCUUCCGGUCUGUCGCCGAUCCCUAGUCCAGGGCUCCCCUCACCGGAUCACAGACCCGCCCCUAGCCCUGGGCUCUCCUGGCAACAGCUCGAUCGACAAUCUAGUCCUGGGCUUGCAUGGCAGGCGCAGAGUACCCAGCCGCCGGGCAGUCCGGGCUUUCCGUUCCAGGCAUCCUCUGCAAAGCCGCAGCCGGGUCCUGGAUUCUCUGGCCAGAUGCACGGGUCACAGAGGAACCCAAUCCCAGAGCCGGCUAAGCAGUCUGAUCCGAACGUUUUAUUUGAUGCGGAAGAUUUUGAGCUUCAGGGAGGAAACGACGACGAGGAAGAAGACGAUGAUGAGUUUGGCGACUUUGAAACUGUACAGACCCCCUUUCCCGGUGCGAACACGAGCCCGACGUUGGAUUCAAGAUCAGCGCAACAGCAACCACCACAGGCAUCGCACCCUCCGCCAUCUAUGGACUUGCUCUCCCUCGACGACGAUCCCAUCCCGGUUUACCAGCCUCCGUCGAAGAAGCCGCAACUAGCUUCAUUGAAUCUCAUCGCGCCUACCUUACCGUAUCCACAAGCCCCCAAAUCACCAUCCUUCCAAGAGCGCAACCCCUUUCCGGGACUGGGACUCGCCACACCAACCUCUGCGGGAUUUCAACAGCCAGAGAAGACGGAGGGGGAUCCCGACUCUCCCACGCCUCUUACAGCCUGGCCAUCUUUCGGGCAGACAUCACCAAAGAAACCAUCCACCGGUGCCGCGAAGAAGUCAUCUACUACUACCAGCCUCCAGAAGCCGCAGAAGGAGGAGGAGGAAGACUGGCCAGAUUUUGAAGACUUCCCUGACGACGAGCCCUCGGCCGUCGACUCCGCCAACCCCCCCGAAAGCUGGGACUGGGACGCAGUCGACGGCGUCAAGCCGGCAGUCUCCUCCGCAGUAACCACCAAGAAACCCGCCCCGAAAUCCAAAGUCAAGCCAAACUCUGAAGCCUCCGAAGCCCGCGACGACGCGCCGCCGCCCAUCAACAUUCCCCCUCCCUCCGUCCUCCUCUCCAUCUUCCCUCAACUCCUUGAUCUCGCAAACUCGUCCCUAUUUAAGCCCACAGGGCAGAUGGCGGCGCCCAUCAGGAAGCGCAUCCUCUCGGACCCGGGCACCGUGUCCUUCCUCCGCGCGUAUCUCCUCCUCGCCACGGUCGCCGCCCGUGUCAUCGCCGGCCGCAAGCUGCGCUGGCACCGUGACAAGUUCCUUGCCCAGGGCAUGGCCAUAUCCGCCGCCGGGGCCAAGGGUAUGAAGCUCGCGGGCAUCGACAAGGCGCAGGCGGCGCGCGAGGACCGCGAGACGGCCGACGUCGUGGGCGUAUGGAGGGAGCACGUCGGCCGGCUGCGGUCCGCGGUCGCGGCGGCGAACUCAACGGUCAAGAUACCGCGUGACCAGCUCCGCGUGCCCGAGAUCAACGAGACGAUGCCCGUGUCGACGGCCAAGGUCGUGCCGACGGCGCCCAAACCGUGUGUCAUCUGCGGCCUGAAGCGCGACGAGCGGGUGAGCAGGGUCGACUUCGACGUCGAGGACAGCUUUGGAGAGUGGUGGGUCGAGCACUGGGGUCACCGGGCCUGCAAGAAUUUUUGGGUUGAGCACGAGAGGCAGCUGCGGCAAAGGUGA